AUUGCACACGCUUAAAUCAAGGGAAUUACAGCUUUGUUCUCUCAUAAAUGAGAAGCUGAAGGGAGAAAAGAUGGAGCCAAAACCUGCAAAAGCAAGUCAUGCAAGAAGAAAUCUUUUUGGUCCUGUGGACCAUGAUAAUCUGCAGCAGGACGUCCAGAACAUGUUGUGGGCUAGCAUGGAGAGGGCGAUGCAAAGAUGGAACUUUGACUUCUUGCAAGAUAAGCCAACAGAAGGCCUUCUACAAUGGGAAGAAUUGCCAGUCCAUGAGGUUCCCACUUUUUAUCAUAAUCUUGUGAUUGGGCAGGGUCGUUAUCCUCUGCAGUCCAUGAACUGGGAUGUAACAAAGGAGACCAAAAUGUCCCAUGUUGGCAAAAUGAUGAAGAAAACAAAGCCUGCCAAAAGGAUAGCAAGGAAGAAGGGUGUGGCAGGGAAGAAGCGAAGGCAGACAUCUUUAACUGAUUACUAUACAGCGAAGAAAGAUAACAGAGUGGCUAUGCGAACUCCUGUGAAGAAACUGGCUAUUUAGAAUGGAUCAUCAUACGUUGGAUCUACCUCCAGAUGUUUUUCAAAGAGAGUAUCCAAACUAAUACAACAUUUUGAAAUUGUGUUGUUCAGAGAGUAACUUGUGGAGCCUCACUCAGAGCAUCAUAUCUGAAAAUAAAAAAUGGGAAUCUUUCAGAACAUUUUUAAAAAAUUCUUUCAUGAGGUCAGACAAACUUUUUUUAAAGGUUGUAAUCAGGAAAGAGGAUAAUUGUAUCAAUGUAACACCUCAGUGGAUACUGCUUAUCAAUAUAAAGAGUUAAUGUUCAAAAUACUAUGUAUGAACAAAUUGUGAGUACCAUUAUAUGGUCUUGCAUGUUGUAUGUUUUUUUAAAAAAACUUAUUUAGUAUAUUGGCUUUCUUAUUGUGAAAAUCAAUGAUGUUCUCUACCAAUUAAGUGAACUUAUUUUUGGCUGUUAAAAGUUUAGACACCAUAUCAAAAUUUGAUUGGUGUAACAGUGAGCCUAUAAUUUUGCACUUAGAAGUUUAUUAUGCAUAUAGUUCCUUAAUCUUGCGUCAAGACACAGCACCAGUGUUUCAACUUGACUAUUUUUCUAACUGGCUUUUCAGAAUAGUGUGCCAUAGAAGAGUAAACUAUCCCCACUUGUUCCAUACUGAAGCAUUACACCAAGGUUUAAUUACAGUGGUGCCUCGCUUAAUGAGUGCCCCGUUGAGCGAUUAAAUCGCUUAACGAGGGGCUC